GUUUCUUUACUACUUUCCUUUUUUCAUUCCAUUCACCAUUGGUUUUAUCGCCCGAUUUUCCGUUUGUUUCCUUAGAAGAUGUGGGUAGCAAGCAACUAAAGGAAACUAAGAAAAACUAUUUAUUUCUAAUUUCUGAAAGAAAUGCUCGUCUGUAUAAUGUCGGUGAUGAAAUUGUGAAAAGCUUUAAAAUCUCUCUUCUUUCUUCUUCUGCUUCUGUAAUUUCGGCAGAACAAUGAAAACAAACAUUUGUUUGUGUGUUAUUAACUAUAGGAGGGUUGUGCACCGUUUCCUUUGACAAUAGGUAAAAGGGGUUUUGGGGUUUGGGGUUUGGUAGAGACGAAGCUACAUUAUUGUUUUGGUUCUUGAGAUGUGCGUAUUGUUUUCUCAAAUAGAUGUUAUCGUACAGUGAGCAUCCUACAUAAAGUAUCACUAGGGUUUUGGGUUGCGUGGAAUCUUGGUGGUAAGCUACAUCCGCUAAUAGUUUACAAUAUUUAUUGGAGAAAAUAAUUCAGUUUUUGCACUUAUAUGGACUCAUGAAGAUGUUUGGUGAGAUGCAAACAAAGGGGUUGCUCUCACGGAAAAUCGAUUGUCAUAUGCAGAUUCAAGUUAAAUAAGACAUUAAUUUGAGUUGUGAGUUGCAAGGAAUCUUGUUGACAUACUACACUCACAUCUUCAUGGCUUUUUAGAAAGGAAAAUUAAAUUGCAUUCUUUAACCCACAUGAAAUGGUUUAGUGGAUCAGAGUUAUCUGGAACACAGCUUUGUUCCUCUUAUGGGAGGUUUCAAUUGCAUUCUUCAAGGAACCAUGUUUUAAACUUUUAAUGAAUGCGUCGAAGUUCCGAAUUUUGCAAUGCUACGUUGAUAAAACUGGUAGGUAUUUUAUUGUUGCUUCUGCUGACUGAUAAGGUCAAGAAGCUUAUGCCUACCUUGUAAAUAAACCAUCGUAAUAACUCCUACAAUUUUUUUUCUUCUCACAAACAUUACACUUAGUGUAUUCCUGUUGAUUUUCUCGUGUAGCUGACCCCAAAAGUCCAAACUUUUGGGAUAAAAACUCGGAUGAUGACGAUGGAAAAAAUUACAAAAUGCUCCUUGAUGAGAUGGAAUUCAUGGACAUAUUAGGAUGCAAAAUGCAGUCGGUACUCUCUGUGCUAGGGGUUAUGGAAUUGGAAGAAUGCCUUCAGUAGCAGAAUUUUCUGGGAAUGAUGGAAUGGACUUGAAGUUUGAAGUUCACAGUUUGGAGAAAGAGGCAUAUGGUUCUGUUUUGAGAGCGUUUAUUGCUCAAUCUGAUCUCCUUUCCUGGGGUAAGGAAGGGCUUCUUUCUGAGCUGCGAAAGGAACUUAAUGUUGACGAUAUUGAACAUGGGGAACUGCUUUUGAAGAUAAAUUCUGAUGAGUCAAUUAAGAUGAUAAGAGAAUGGCUGAAACCUGCUUCCUAUGAUCAAGAACAAUCAAUUAAUAAUAAUACCCAUGGCUGUUAUCCUAUCUCUGUGGACGAUAUUCAUUCAAAAAAGACAAGGGCUUCUCAUGCAUCUCUCUCAAAACAUCAGAAAUAUGUCACUUGUGGUUGGCCAUCUUCAGUAUCGAUUCCUUCUUCAGCUCCGCCACAAUUCAGGGUUGACCAACAAAGCAGUGAGGUGUCGAUGUUCUCCAACUGCAAGUCUGUGAAAGUUGUGAGUCAUGCUAUUCAGGCACCAAAUAGUGACACAGGAAGAGUACUAGGAAAACUUCAUUCAAAAGUUGGUUUUCAGACACCUGCUCCUGAUAAAUUUUCAAAUGGAUUUGAUUUGAUUAGAAUUCUUGACACAAACAAGCUUAUUCAUGAGGUUGAGUCUUGGAUCUUUGGCAGGGAAAUUCCUGGUCCUGUUCAAGUUGAAAGAGCUAAAUCAAUUCUCAUGGACCAAGAAAGAUAUUUACUUAAAGCACUUGCAAAACUUGGCGAUUUGUCAGGUGGGGAUGAUUCUUCUACAUAUCAUUUGUUGCAUCAAAACCCCCAUCAUGAGCUUCAGGGAAAUGAACUCGGAAUUACUGCACACAAUACCUUCUAUGCGCAGACAAGUAGGUUUCCUGGGUAUCCUAGUCAGGUUCUUUCUCAGACCCAGAUGAGCACCUUACAUGACUAUCCUAGCAGGAGUUUUGUGCUGGAUCGAUCUUUGAGAGCUAAACUCCCUUGCAAUUACUGAAUUACACCUGAGAUGGUGCAUGAAACUUUUGACUGAUAGUCGUAAAUUACUAGGGUUGAAGCGAUGUAGAUACCAAACUGAUCCAAAAGAACAUUUCGAUUGUAUAGGCUGUCGAAACAUUUAUACGCAUAGGAAUGGCGACCAAUGUAUUUUUCUGCUAUUGGCGUCGCUUAGGACAUAAUUGCAUCUGGAACGCUGUUCGAUUAACAAUGCGAUUGCCAAUCUUAUCAUAAUACUUGGGAAUCUUUUUAGGGUUUGUUUACAACAUUUUGAUGAAGUGCU